UUUCUUCUUAUUCUUCUUUCUACUCAAUCUCCAAUUCCCCAUUCCAAAUCAACAUCUUUAAUUAGCAAAAGAGAUUCGAAAUUAAAUGAGAAAGUUGUCGUCUUUGAUCUCUCUAGGGUUCGCUCAUCAGACCUCAAAACACAACCCCUGUAAUUGUAGUGCUGCUCGAUUUUACUGCAUCACCAGUGAUUCUCCCCAUUCUUCCAUCUCCAACCGCCCUGGGCCACUUGCACAGUAUAGGAGUCUUGUUAAGCAAGGGAAGCUGCAGCAUGAUCCUUACCAGGAAGAGGUUGCUUUUAAACUGGAAAAUCUGCUUGGGAGAAUGGAGCAAUAUGAGAAAGAUAUGGAGGAGUACCAUGAAAAGCUUACCAAAUGGGAGGAGAAGAGGGAAAACGAACGGCGCAGGCUUUUGAUGCAGGAAGCUGAGACCAAACAAGAGGGGGGUGGUAUGACAUCAAUAAGCAAGCAGCGAAAUCUUUUCCAAAGAUGGAUGUCCCGGAAGAAACAUGAAAUUGUAGAGCCAGGAGUAGGGAAAUGGGUCUCAUAUCUUAAUCGAGAGAAGAAAUUAGAUUCACUGGUUGGUCAUCGUCCCACUGCUCCUCCAGCCCCCGGAGGAUUGUAUCUUUAUGGGAACGUUGGAAGUGGUAAGACAAUGCUUAUGGAUAUGUUUUAUGGUGCGACUGAAGGAAUUGUAAAACACCGAAGAAGAUUUCACUUUCAUGAGGCUAUGCUGUUAAUAAAUGAGCACAUGCAUAAGAUAUGGAAGGAUCAAGUUAAGAAUAAAAGUUUGCAGUCAAGUAUUUCUAGUUGGAUUACUAAUCUUCCUUUUGAUACAAAAAUUAAAGAGUGGUUAGCUGCAGAAGAAAGAUAUAAGCAAGAGGUGCAGAUGAAAAACAUUCUUCCUGCUGUAGCUGAUAAGUUUCUCACUGAAGCCCAUGGAAAUCAUGCAGGAGCUAGCCUUCUGUGCUUUGAUGAAAUACAGACAGUUGAUGUUUUUGCAAUCGUAGCAUUAUCUGGAAUUCUAAGUAGAUUGUUAAGCAAUGGAACAAUUCUUGUUGCCACCAGUAAUCGUGCACCGAGAGACCUGAAUCAGGAUGGUAUGCAAAAGGAAAUCUUCCAAAAGCUUGUAGCAAAAUUGGAUGAACAAUGUGAUAACUGUCUAAUAGGAAGUGAAAUUGACUAUCGCCGUCUGACAGCAAAAAGAUCUAUUGAUCAGGUUCAUUAUUUUUGGCCACUGGAUAGUAUCAAAACAAAGGAAUUUGAGAUUAUGUGGGACAAGCUUACAAGACUAUCUGGGGGAAUAAUCACUUCAAAGGCAAUUCGAGUGAUGUUUGGGAGAACAUUGGAGGUACCCCUAAGCUGUAACGGUUUGGCACGUUUCACAUUUCAGUACCUAUGCGGUCGACCGGUUGGAGCCGCAGAUUAUAUUGCUGUAGCAAAAAAUUACCACACGAUCUUUAUCUCAGACAUCCCUACUAUGAGCAUGCGAAUUCGUGAUAAGGCUCGGAGAUUUAUAACUCUCAUUGAUGAACUUUACAAUCACCAUUGCUGCCUAUACUGUUCUGCUGCUUCUUCAAUAGAUGACCUAUUUCAAGGAACUGAAGAGGGCACACUUUUUGACUUGGAGAGCUUCCAAUUUGAAACAGAGACUGAAGGUGCCAAACUGCGACGAGAUGUUCUAGCAGAGGGCACAGUUAGUUCUGGUGGUACACCAACUGGAAUUACUUCCAUGCUAUCUGGUCAAGAGGAGAUGUUUGCAUUUCACCGAGCUGUUUCCCGCUUGAUUGAGAUGCAAACACCUUUAUACCUGGAAGGUGUCUGCCAUCUUCAUCCGUAUUUCCAGAAUCAAAAGGAAAGCUUUGGUACUCUAAAUGCAAAAGCAACUCAAUUUCGGGAACCAUCUCUUGAAAUCAUUUGAUGUGUACAUCACGUCGAAACUUUUAGUACAUUUUUUGUGCUCGUUUGCCAUCAUUUAAUAGGAUAUACCGAUAACAAAGGGAAAUGAAUUUUUAAACAACAUUUUGCUAUCUA